CCCUAGUCCAAAAUCCUGGCUUCGCCACUGAUUUAAAUAUGCCCCAAUCUUCUCGAUUUUUUGCCAAUUUCAUGUGUUUAGACGUUUUCUUGAAAAAAUUUCGUUUGUUUGGGCAAUGGGGUACCAAGCAUGACGAGCUUUCUACGCCAUUUUAAAUAUUACAUUGAUUGUAUCGAAUCAUUUGAUUACAAAACACAACACUAUUAUAAGUUUUCGAACCAUGUACGAAACCUUUUUUCAGUAGACGCAAAACUUAGAAAUCUAACUAAGUAAAUGAAAACAAUAAUCCAAUAAGUAUAGAGCUUUUAUAUUUGAAAUGAAUGAUCAAUACAAUUCCUAAAAUCACCAGACAAAAACCAUUCUGCUCCAUACUAAAGUGAAGUAGAGACAAUAUCGUGGUUGACAGUAAAUGAAGAGAUUUCUGUUGAAUCAAAUAAUCUUUUAAAAUAUUUGAUUCGAUUCGCUUUUACAGAAUUUUCAUUGAAGUUUGAUUAGAUUAAAAUUCCUUUUCAUUCAACACAAAUCUGAACAUGAACCUGUGGAAAUUUAUAACUAACACCCUCAAGAUACUACUUUCGAAACUAUCUAGUGGCAUAAAUGCUUUGAGUUGAUCAAUUGUGGUUUCAGCGAUACCAUUAAUUGUAUACUAUGAAAUAUAGGUGUUUCAAGGAUGAUCAAUAAGAUUAAUAUUGAAUUAGUAAUACCACCAUUUAAGAAGUGCACUUUUCAAGACUAAUGAAAAUUUCCUAAUAUUUUCAUUCAAUUUAUUCAGGCUUGAAAAUUGAUUUUCCUAUCGAAUGGGCCCUAUCAUCAGAAAAUCAGUCUUUUUCCCACUGAAAAAUAAACUAAGCGACAUGCAUUACCAGGUUAGUCGAAGAAAAACGCUAAUGCUAUAAUUUGGAUUCCAUUUUCAACAAAGCGUAAGAUGUGUCAUGUGUAUACUAUUUGUUCCACUGGAGAUAGCAUGCACGGAUGCAUGAGCCGUGAAGAAUAGAUUCCGUUGCAUAUAGAAAGAAUUUUAUCAUGCAAUAAAAAAAAUGCCAGCAUACUUUUUAAAGCUUCUUUAUUCUUCUAGCUUUUCAUUCCAUCUAGAACUAGAGGUGAUACAUCGAUGAAAACACACCAAAUCAGAAUUCAAUCAGUGAUCUUUUGAGACUAUGAAAAUAAUUGCUUUCGCAUAUGAUAUUGGUCUUACGCUAUUUUUAUACACUAAAUAUAAAGCCUUUUAGAGCAUAAAUAUCAAAAAAGAAAUGAAGAUGAUUGGCUCUGUUAAAACAGUCACACUCGUUAUCUUAAAAACACCUGUAUCUACUACAAUGUACUACCAAAUCCUCCACUUUUGAAGCAUCAACCGGCUAUCUAUCUCCAUCUCAUCUCAAGAACAAACUAGCAAAAUAAUAUCUCCAAAAAUCCCGACCCUCACUAACAUAUGAUUAUUAAGAUAUUCGGCACUCCCGAAAUUGAGGAAUCAAACUAAUACGACAUCCGCUAAGUCUAACACGUAUAAUAUAGUCAACCAACAUUCGUCAGAAAAGAGGCCCUUAGCAUUCCAAAAAUUUUCCCUACUCGAUCCUAUCAUCCAACAGAUCACGAAACCUUGAUCACAAUGAUUCUAUAUUCCCCUCAACUAAAAUUACUACACUUUCACAGGUGCCGCCUCCACCACCUUCGUCAACGACAGCAUCACCGCAACAACGGACACCACUUCCUCGACGGCAACAACGGAAAUGA